UGUGUAUACCUAUAAGCUUUGCAAAAACAGCUAAUUUUCAGUAUAAUCCCGGUGUUCAGAAUGAAAAGUCUAGCAUUUUUUGCUUUCUACUGUACUGCCGUUUUGGCUGUGCCAACUGUCUACGAUAAUGGUGCACAGGCAGAAGAAUGCACAACUGAUGUUUGUUUGUCUUCAGAUGGAUGCCGUUGUGCAACAUCUGUAAGUCCCUUAAAUUCUGACCAAACACCUCCGCAGCUCAUCAGUUUAACUUUUGACGAAGCCGUUACUGAAAACUUGUACAACAACUUUUGGCAGCCUCUACUUUCCAAUAGAACUAACCCAGACGGACAGCCAAUUAGUGCCACUUUCUUUGUACCACAUGAAUAUACCGAUUACGUAAAAGUAAAUGCUCUGUAUAAUGUGGGAUAUGAAAUAGCUGUUCACUCUAUCACAAAGAAUAGCAGACAAGCAUACUGGCGUGGUGCUAGUGAGGAACUUUUGAAACAAGAAUUUGGAGGUCAAAAGAAAAUUCUUCAUAAAUUUGCAAACAUCCCUGAAGAAGAUAUUGUUGGCGUAAGAACUCCUCAAUUGCAGUUGGCUGGUGACAACUCCAUAAAAGCUUACCAAGAUGCGGGACUGUCUUAUGACAGUUCAUGGCCAACUUUGGCUGACAUACCUCUCUAUCCAUAUACUCUCGACUACUUGAGCUCCCAACAAUGCCUUUUAGGAAACAAAUGCCCAACUGAAGCGUUUAAAGGAUUCUGGAUUCUUCCUGUUAUUGACCUCCAUGGAGAAAAUAAUGAAGCGUGUAAUAAUCUCGCAGCUUGUAACGUUGUUGGUACAGCUGAAGAAAUUUCUGACUGGUUGUUAGAUGAAAUCAAUCAAAUUCGUGACAGCACCAGAGCACCUCUAACAUUGCUCAUAAACUCCAACUGGUUUAGUCUCACCGAGAACAGCUAUGACGGAUUCACCAGAUUCUUGGACACACUUGAGACCUACAGUGACGUUUUCCUUGUGUCACAGAAACAAGUUCUUGACUGGAUGAAGAAUCCUGUUCAAGUGUCCGAAUACAAAACUGGAUUCGCAGAAGGGACUGCUCAAUGCAUGGCUUAUACCUGCAAUCUCCACAAAUCAGAUGGCGCAGUCAGAUACAUGAAGUCUUGCAUCCGUUGUCCGGAGUCUUACCCAUGGUUAGAUAAUCCAGAGGGCAAUUAAACAUGUCAUGGACGAAUGAAAUAAAUGUAACACAUUUUUUCAAUUAAUAAAAUUGAAUAAAUAAUCUAUAAAAAUUUG